AUGGUUAGCACGAAGCUGGCUCUCUUGUUGGUGCUGCUGCACGCAGCUUUCGGCUCCUCCUAUCGCUGGUUUAACUGGCAAUUUGAGGUUACUUGCGAGUCUGACGCAUACAUUGCCCCGCACAAUGAGGCUGCGGUUGCCAACUUCCUUAAGCAGCAGUAUCCCAAGGGAUCCCACAUCAAAGUUGUUGGAAAUGGUCAUGGAUUCGGUAACCUCACUACCUGUGUCGACAAUUCUCUCACUGAGAAGCCCUCUUACAUCGUGUCUAUGACCAAUUUGAAGGGGCUCAACAUCGAUAAGAAGAAUAUGACCGUCACCUUUGGUGCUGGUUGGGAUGUUUAUGACCUCACUGAAGAGCUUAAGGCUAACAAUUUGUCUUUCGGUAACCUCGGUGUUGAGCGUGUUCAGAAUUUCGUGGGUGCCGCCUCCACCGGUACCCAUGGCUCUGGGUCCGUCAUCGGCAAUAUUGCCAGUCAGAUUAUUGGACUGCGUGUGUUGGAUGCGCAGGGGAACCUCCGUGUUAUCAGCGAGACGAAUAACCCCGAAGAACUGAAGGCAUUCCGUAUCAGCCUUGGUGCCCUUGGUCUCAUCACGGAGAUGACUAUUAAGGUCCAGCCUACGCUCCUCCUGAAGAAGACCACUAAGGUCGUGAAUGCCACCUCUGACUACACGCUGAUGGGCAAGCAACUUGCCCAGCUGUACAAGGACCACGACCGUAACUGGGACCUUGAGCCAACUUACUUCUACUCCUACUGGGAGCCGACGAACUACACUGGAGCUCGCAACUGCACUCUCAACUAUUGUGCUAACGGUUGUGGUGACUGCAAGAAGGAGUACAUCUGCUACGACGAAGUCAUUGACGCCGCGUCGUGCCCUCCCCAAGGCGUCUGUGACCGAGAGUUCUAUGCUGAGAUCGAGCACUUCCUUCCCAUCGAGUAUUACGCCGAAGCUGCCGCCGACUAUAUUAGUUAUCAGCAGUCCCAAACUCCCCGUAUGAAGGCUCCCUAUAACAACAUGAUGGUAAUCCAGCACCGUUCUCUCAAGGGUGAUGAUGCAUACAUGUCUCCGGUCAAUACCUACAACCUUAGCUCGGAUCUCAGCGGGGUUUUUGCUAUCAUCGAAAUUGACUGGAUCCAAACCUAUAACAACUUUACAACUCUUUGGCAGAACCAGGAGUUGGGAUACGAAUUCAUGGCUGAAUUUGGUGAAAAAUAUAACGUUCGGCCCCACUGGAACAAAAUGAACCCUCCUAACGCAACUUACGCUCUGGAGAAAUUCCCGAAGCUGCCUGAGUUCUUGGCAAUCCAACAGCGCCAGGAUCCUAAGUGUCAGUUUGUCAACGAAUUCUUGGUUGAGCAGCUUGGCAUUACCCGCUGCGCGAACUACCUAUCCAUUUAG